AUGGAAAAGACUGAUUCUUCAAUUUUUAAGGGAACGACAUUUUGGAAAAAGUUGACAGAAAAUGCAUUGAACUUACCGAUACCAAGACCUUUAAGUGAACAUUCAAACACAAAAAUGCCUUACGAAAGGACACAUUUAGAUAAGGUUAAACUUGUAUUUAAUUAUCGAUUAACUAGAGCUAGAAGAUAUGUAGAAUGCGCUAUUGGCAUCCUAACAAACAAAUGGCAAAUAUUUCAUAGGCCUUUGGACGUAAACGUAGGAACAGCUAUCUGGGCAGUAAAAGCAUGCACAGUGUUACAUAAUUUUGUCAGACAAAAAUAUGGAUAUGAUUUUCAAAGCACCCAAAUAGAACCAGAAAUAAACUGUUUUCCUAAUAUAUUAAACGCACAAUCAACCAGAGGAGGCAGUUCUGCAAAUUCAAUCAGGACAACAUUUGCUGACUAUUUUGUUUCUGGAGUUGGAUCAGUUACUUGGCAAGAUGAAUCCAUAGGUUAUUUAUAA